CCGCAUAAUCACGGGCGAGCCAAAAUCAGUCCACGUCUCAGAAUUCAGCGCAAUUCGGCACAAAGGACACGAUAGUUUCGUUUCAACACCCAGAUGGGACGAAUCUGAAUCAUUGCUGACGAAACAAAACAAACUCUCUCUGCUGAAUGGGACGGAAUAUCUCCGAAUAAUUAUACCGAUACCCAAUGCUCGCAUCCUACACACUGGGCAAAUGCUUUUGCCCAGUCUGACUCUGACGAGUGAUUUUGGUGAUGCAAAAGUUUAUAAGAGCAUCCUUCAAUUUUCUUAGCCCGGGGUUGGAGCCUAUCGCUGUUGUCACGGGGUGAAAUUUGCGAUACUCUAUACAGUUUUUGAUUGAUCGCUAGUCCAUUACAGAUGGACUAGCGAUCAAUUACCAGUACAUCAUAAGCAUAUUUUAAUAGGUUUCGGGGUUUUACUGGAAUAUACUUUAAAAACCUGCCAAUUUGCUGUGAAUGUGAUCUUCUUCUUGUGAACAUCGUUUGUGGCCUGGUAGUUUUUUUCACAUCACCCUAAACUGCGUAAAUAUAUGACGUUUCUCUUUAUAUGAUAUUUAGAUGUUGUGAUAUUGGGUAGAAUCAUAAAUUACGAUCUCACUCUUUAGGCGGAGCUUCCCGUCAUAUCUUGCUUCAGUUUAUCAGUUCCUAGAAAAACGCUCUGCAUUUCACUCGGCUCUGAAAUGUCUCCGAUAAAGAACUUAAAUGUGACUUUUGAAACAAUCAGUGACAACAGAAGUUAUUCUGAAGGCGAUACUAUAGUGGGUACAGUCAGUUUCAGACUGACAAAAGAAGUCAAAGUCAAGAGCGUUUAUGUAAAAGCCAAAGGGGACGCUAACGUAGAAUGGACAGAAGUAGGUGUACCUGUCGAGAGACUGCAAAGUGCGCGCAGGAGAUAUUUCAAAGUGAAGGAAUACUUGGUUGCAGAAAACGAUGAAGGGACUGUUCUUCCAAAAAGAGUGCACAUCUUUAAGUUCAGGCUCAAAAUCCCAGAGGGAAGGAUGCCUUCGUCCUUUAAGGGAAAACAUGGAAAUAUUGUCUACACCUUUGAAGCCAAGGUAUCUAGGAGAUGGCGACUGCCUUCGAAAGUGCUAAAAGAGAUCAACUUUGUGUCAAAGUCCUGUCCACACACUCCUCAAAUGAUGUGUCCACAGUCCAGUUCAGUGCGUAAAAAGAUGAGUGGUCUCUGCAAGGGACAGGUCCAGAUCUGUGCUACCAUUAACAGAGGAGUUUGUUCUCCAGGUGAAACCUUGUCUGUUGUCGCCAAAAUCUGCAACUCCUCUUCCAGGAACACAAGGCUCAAAUUCAAACUUCAGCAGGUAACGGUGUAUAGUUGCCAGGACAACACUAAUAGCAGCAAGGAAACGCUGUUCAAAAUGGUCGGAGACACUAUCCGUCCAAACUCAGAGCAAACUGCCUCCUGCCAGCUGAAAGUUCCCAGCGAUGCCAUUCCCACCCUCCAUAACUGUGAAAUCAUCUCAGUUGAAUAUUACAUAAAGGUGUAUCUGGACGUUAGUUUUGCCCUUGACCCAGAGGUGGUGUUCCCACUGGUCAUCCUUCCUUCUAAAUUUGCUCCAGCUCAGAGUUGUGAGGCUGUGGGGCCUGAGACAGUUGAGUCUCCAGCUUACAGCGAGUUCACAUCCUCUAAUUUCACCACUGGAUUGGAUCCUAUACUCACAGGGUCAGGUGUUUAUCAAUACCCCACCCCAGAUCCCACUCAGCAUGCAAAUAUAACAAGUGAUUAUAACCAGUGGCCACAAGGUGCUGCUUCACAGGGUUCAGUUCCAGCUUUCAUAGCACCAUCUGUGCAACAUCCAGGCCCUACUGCUCUCCAUGGAGAAGAACCUCCACUAUAUUUGUCCAUUUACCAGCAUCAGAAUGAAUGAAUGACUGUAGAAGCUGAACUGGAUUUAUUAAGCGAAUAAGCCAAAAAUAAACUGUAAGCAAUUUCUUUAGACACUUGGAUAAUUGUUCAGACAUUUUUUCGUACUGAGAAUGUUACCUUGAAAUGAACUGAAUAUACUUUUUGGGAUUCCUAACCUGGAUAAUUGAGCAUGUGUCAAGACAUUUUGUAAAUCCUACAUAUGAAUAUAUUCCUGGUCCCAGACUGUCUCAAGAUGUACCAUAAUGUUUCUGACUUUUUUGGGUAACAUGUAUCGGAAAAUGUGACAUAGAGCUGGGCUUUUAGGAGUUAUGGUGAACAACUCCAGUCCAAUUGACAUCCUCCACUGAUGUUGCUUUUUUAUUUUUUGUUUUUUCAAAGGCCAAAACAUGCAUUGCCUACUUUUUGUGCUAGUAUUGUGUUUGCGUCCCCCAUUGAAGAGAAAAAUAAAUAUAAGCUUAUUAAAGUUUGAUAAAACUGAAUAUUUUAACAUUUAAUUUAGCUCUUUAUUCAUUCAUGUUGAUUCAUUGGUUCAUAUGUGCAACAAACUUUUUUGUUCUUUUUACCAAAACAUGUUUUAUACCCAAGCUUAAAGAUCAUUAAGUAGGAAAUAAUUUUGAAUCAUAAGCCUGACAUUUAUCAGCUGAAAACAGGACAAAAAAUGUUUUGCUCCAGCUGUUUUUAUGUGCAAGGAGUAGGGAAUUUUAUCCCGAUAGCAUCCUAUGUGGUGAAUCUUUACAGAGAAAAACACCACAUAACCAUUCAGCCCCACAAACAUUCCUCAAAGACUUGUUGUCUUGCUAAAACAGAUUUACACCCCUUUAAACCUAAUUAGUAUUCCAUGGAGUCGUAGCACCUUGGUUGCAGGCAAUAACUCAUGUGUGCCACAGUGGCAAACAUUGCAUGUUUAUCAGUAAAGGUGGUAUCGGUUGCAAUGGUUUUCUAGUGGAAGGAGAGACUGUACUGUUAGCAUUUGUAAAAAGGUCUGCCAGUCAUGGGUGGAGAAUAGGGACAGCACUUGUAAGAGUGAUCUUGAAUAGUUUAAACUCCUCUGGACAGUUGUGAAGCAUUUCAUUGCAAACAAAGAAAUCUAAAUGAUACUUAAACAUUUCAUUCCUCCUUAAGAGGAUUAAAAAGUGUCACAUGGUCACUAUUUAUUGUAUUUAUUGCUCAUCUAUUGAUUAUUGUGAAUGCUUAGCUCCUCCCACCUGCUGCUGUUGCUCAGACAACACAAGCACGUGACCAUAGGAUAGGCUACUUUCGCCUGCCACCAAAAUGGGAAAAGUGCUACUGAAGGUCUGUUUUUUCCUCUUCAUCAUUUUCAAAGGUAACAUGUGUCGCUGUUUACCUCAUUAAUAUAGCUGUUAUUUUUAAAAAACAGUUUUAAUUUUAGCUGUUCGAACUGUUGUAAACAUUUCUUAAGUAGCUGAAAAGCAUUUUGCAAGUGAUGAAGCUGAUAAAAGAGAUAACAAAUUUAAUCUGUCUAUACAAACAAAAACUGUGGGUGAGAAGUUUAAGGUCAUGCCCAAAAUUUCUUGUUUUCACUGAAAGCUCGUACAUAUAUUGAUAAAAACCGCUGACAGGGUUUGAACCAUUGAUUUUUACAUUAAAAUGUUUUUCUUUGAAACUUUCUUUGAAAUGUCAAACUAUCAUAUGUUCACAGCAUUCAUGCCCUUCCAGACCUUUUUUUUUAUUGUAGCUGUAACUUUGUUGAAGUAAUGUGGAUACAUUUCAUUCCUUUCUAUGCGCCCUGGGACUGGCUUUGUUCUGUUAUGUGUGGGUUCAGACAAAGAUCAUAGCUUACAGCAGCACCCGCAGGUUGCCGGAUUACAUUCCCUUGUAGAUGUCAGCAUUUUUGGGAUCACUGCUUUUGUUAAUGGUACCUAAUGAAUUGUGAGUUGGUUUAACAGAGAAACAGGUCUGCAGGUGUCAUUUUCUCAAAAACCACCAGAAUUUUGUCCUAUUUGUAAAGCAAAGCAGGUGCAGUUAUAACUCCUGCAUUACAUCAGAACUAUGAAAAAACAGCAGUGUUUAAAAUGAAGGGCAUAUUUAUAGACUAUAACUGAUUGACACCUCGAAAGGCUUUUAUUUAAACAGCUAGAUUUUUUUAUAUGUAAUAAAGUGUGAACUUCACUGCUUGGUCAGUUAGUCUUGGUUUCAAAUGCAUUACACAUAGGUUCAGUCAGUGGUUUCAAAGCACAGCAUUGCAGAGCUAAACAGAUGAAGCUCCAUUGCAGGAUUUAUCAACCUAAAACAAUAAUGACAACAAAAAAAUAAACAUAUGUUUGUUUAUUUAGUUGUUUUACUGUUGAAUGAAGUGCUCUUGUGUGGUUACAAACUGCAUGUUGAGCCAUGUUUGCCUGGAUUUGCAUGUGUUUGUCCACUUAAGUAGUAAUGUUAAUGUGGUUGACACACAGAAAAUGAGUACAGCAGAGAGCAGUUGUAGGUUACCUAGAUAAGGUUGUGGUUCUCUACUGGUAAGCAUGUGGGCUUGGUACUGACUGCUAACCAGUUAUAUUACCUUGUUUUAAAUAAUAAAAUAUACAGCUUUUUGCAUAUCAGACAUACC